UAAAGAGCCAGGAGUGGACCCUGAGAAAGCCAUAGUACAUCCGGUGUUAGAAGAGCUCGUAGGCUCCGGAGAGGCGGGUUAAGAAGAAGGGAAGCUUUGUCACACAGACUCUGGAACCAUGAACAUAUUUGAUCGGAAGAUCAACUUUGAUGCACUCUUAAAAUUUUCCCAUAUAACCCCCUCCACACAGCAGCACCUGAAGAAGGUCUAUGCAAGUUUUGCCCUGUGUAUGUUUGUGGCGGCUGCGGGAGCCUAUGUCCAUAUGGUCACUCAUUUCAUUCAGGCUGGCCUGCUCUCUGCCUUGGGCUCCUUGGGGUUGAUGAUUUGGCUGAUGGCAACACCUCAUAGCCAUGAAACUGAGCAGAAAAGACUGGGACUUCUUGCUGGAUUUGCUUUCCUUACAGGAGUUGGCCUGGGCCCUGCCCUGGAGUUGUGCAUUGCCAUCAAUCCCAGCAUCCUUCCUACUGCCUUCAUGGGCACAGCAAUGAUCUUCACCUGCUUCACCCUGAGUGCGCUCUAUGCCAGGCGUCGCAGCUACCUCUUUCUGGGAGGUAUUUUGAUGUCAGCCAUGAGCCUAAUGUUCUUGUCUUCCCUGGGAAACCUUUUCUUUGGAUCGAUUUGGCUUUUCCAGGCAAACCUGUAUGUGGGGCUGGUGGUCAUGUGUGGCUUUGUCCUUUUUGACACUCAACUCAUUAUUGAAAAGGCUGAAAAUGGAGAUAAGGAUUAUAUCUGGCACUGCGUUGAUCUCUUUUUAGAUUUUGUUACUCUCUUCAGAAAACUCCUGGUGAUCCUGGCUAUGAAUGAGAAGGUUAGCCUACAAUCCGAAAGUGAGAGGGUGGCUCUUGAGCUUGUCAUCUGGGUGUAUUCAUAUUUGAAAACUCAGUCUCACCCUGAGUAGGUCCCUGGUACUGUAAGGCCAUCCACUGAGUAGAAAGAGGAUAAGAAGAAAGAGAAGAAAUGAAAUGACCACCCACCCUUUUCCAAUUUGACAUCCUCUCCCUUCACCCCUCAUUUCUUCUUUGCACACAUUACAGGUGGUGUGUUCUGUGAUAAUGAAAAGCAUCAGAAAAGCUUU